AUGUCCCUUUCUCCGGAAUCCCGAGCCAAAGGUGCAAUCUGGGGCGUCUGCGUAGCCGAUGCCCUCGGCGGCCCUGUACAAUUCAUGGACGCCGGAACCUUCGAGCCCAUCACAGGCUUAAGAUUUGUUGAACCUUUCCACCAACCAGCUGGAGCUUUCUCCGACGAUGGAUCUAUGACUCUGGCUCUUGCAUUCUCUUUCUGCGAGUCCGGCAUGCAAUAUAACCAUGCGCUGUCAAUCCAAUACUUCGUCGAGUGGGUCACCGAGGGCCGCUUCAGUACCAUCGAUUGCGCGUGGGACGUCGGGAACUCGACUAGUUCCUCCUUGGAGAUCUGGAAGCGAUCUGGCGCAAGCGAUGUCGACCUUACCCAAGCGGAAGUCAACCGCAAACUAAACCACGAGAAAUUUUCCGGAAACGGGAGCUUGAUGAGAAUCGUCCCAGUAGGGUUGGCAUAUUGGCGAGAUACCCAACAGGCGAGGGAAUUCGCCAGGCAACAGAGCCAGGUCACUCAUCCUUCGCUUGCGUGUGUGGAAGCUUGUGAAGCAUACACGGAGCUGGUGUGUGGUGUCAUGAAUGGCCAUACGAAGCAGCAGCUCUAUGACACGGUUUCUGUUUUCCCAUUUACCCACCGCGGUCUGAAGGAGCGUAUUACGGGGUAUGAAUCCAUUGAGGACUGGCAAAGACAAGAGCCAGGUGAUAUGAUGAGCAGUGGAUGGGUCAUUGAUACCCUUGAAUGUGCCCUGUGGGCAUUCUUCAAGUAUGACACCUGGAAAGAUGGAGCGUUGGCAGUUGUCAAUUUGGGUGGUGACUCGGAUACUGCAGGUGCUGUCUUUGGUGGCCUCGCGGGCGCGUUCUAUGGGUUUGAUUCCAUACCCAGUGAGUGGGUGGAUGGGAUGCAGAAGAAGUCUUUCAUUGAGGACAUUGCGGGUAGAUUUUCUGCUGGGAUCGCAUGA